AUGGCGAGCAGCAAUGGCUGCUUUGAGGGCGCGGCAAUGUUCGCCUUCGACCCCGCGCCUGGGAAGGAUUUGCCCCCCGAGGUUUUCAGACAGCCAAUUUCAGAGGAUCUCUCCGAGGCUGUGACUGCAAGGCUGAAUCCUCCACCUUGUAUGACACGCAGUGCAUCAGAGGUGAUGAAAAAUCCAGGACCUUUUCUUUUUGAAGGAGCUGACACCACUGCAUUUUCAGCCCUUCCCUCACAGAAAGACCUGGAUCUGAUUGAAAGAUACAAACAGGGAGUAAUAAACUCAGUAUCUGCCUUGCAUCUGUAUGCCAAAAUGCACCAACUGCAGCUUGAAUUGAAAGAAACCAGCGUGGCAGGUGAUGUCAUAAGGCCUUAUUUUGCCUUUUGUGCUGUGAUAAAUGGUGUUUGCUACAAGACUGGACUGGGAAAGAACAAGAAGGAAUCUAAAUUAAAUGCAGCUAAACUGGCUCUUGCUGAGCUACUUAACUUGGAGAAUACAGGGGCAAAAUGUUUUCAAGAUUCAGAUUUUCCCUGUGUUCCUCCUGAGCCCCGACCUCCAGGAAACUCUGCUUGUGUUUCAAGGACUGGAGGAGAACAUACCUAUCAAAAACUCUCACAAAUGCUUGAGGAAGUGUUUAACCGCCUGACUGCCCAACACCCCGAGUACCAAAGCUGUGGCAGUUCUCUGGCUGCCUUCAUCAUUGAAAAGGGUGGGCAGCAUGAGGUGGUAGCUCUGGGGACAGGAGAAUGCAACUACAGCCGGCGCUUUGAGUCCUGUGGGAGGCUCUUGCACGACAGCCAUGCUAUUGUCACUGCUAGGCGUUCCCUGCUCAGAUAUUUGUACAGGCAUCUUUUGCUGUUCUAUAACAAAAAUCCAGCCAAGGCAGAGAGAUCCAUAUUUUGCACAGCACCAGGCUCAAAGCUGCUUACCUUAAAGCAAAAUAUAACUCUUACUCUGUACAUGAAUCAGCUUCCAAAAGGAACUGCUCAGUUAAAAUCAGAGGUGCAUCUCAGUCCCCAUUCUAUAUCUGCUUACGAAGCCAGUGAAGAACUGAGUCUGCACGUUGCUUUAGAAGGCAGAAUUUACCUGGCUGUUUGCUCUCCCCCCAAGACUGUCAGGGUGAGCAGCAUGUCAGCUGGUGACAAACUGACCAAGUGGGAGGUGGUUGGUCUUCAGGGAGCCUUGCUGAGCCACUUCAUCGAACCCGUGUACAUCAGCAACAUUCUUGUGGGAAAUGGAAGUUGUAAGGAUACAAAAGGACUGGACAUAACCAUAAAGCAGCGUCUAGAUGAUGAACUUACUUCAAAGCUUCCCAUGCAUUACCUGGUCAAUAGAUCUCAUAUUUACUUGGUGAAGGCUGCAGUACUAAUCCAAACAGAUCUGAACCAGUGGUCACUUAGUUUGAAUUGGACAUUGUCAGAUGCAUCUCUGGAGGUUGUGGAUGGAUUAAGUGGGAAAACCACUGAAAGCUCCCCGUUCCGCAGCGGCACCUGCCUGGCCAGCCGCCUGUGCAAGGCCGCCAUGUUCAGCCGCUUCAGGAUGCUCGCCAGGGAAGCAGGACGGGGUGACCUGCUCCAGUUUGCAACAUACCAUGAGGCAAAGGUUAAAUCUCAGUUGUACCAAGAAGCUAAAAGCUUGCUGCAGAGCUACUUAGAGCAGCACAGUUAUGGAUCGUGGAUUGUGAAGUCGCCACAUAUUGAACAGUUCAGUGAUUGAUGGAGGUGGAUUAAAUGUUAAGUCCGUUUGAAUGAUCUGUUUCAGUAAAUGGAGUUCCAAGUAGUAAAAUGUUCAACCUGGAAGUUUGUAGUUACAGGAAGAAAAUUCCAGAACUGUUUAUUGUCAGUUUAAAUGUAGUUAUUAAACCACCUGUAAUAGUUGGUCUUUUCCCAAAAUUGAUGUUUUCUCAUAGGUGGGAGUAACCUACUGCUUUGUAAAUCUUUGUUCUGCUUUGACCCACAGUGCCACCUCAUUUCAGCUCACUGACCCUGACUCCUACACAUCCCCACCCUGUGGAAUUAACAUGGGUUUUUCCUGAUAGUUUCAGAAUUUCUGUACAUUGAUUUAUACUUUUUCCUCCCUUUCUCAUAACUUUAGAAAAGAAAAUAUCAGUAAAAGCUGGAU